AUGUCAGAAGGAGAAGCCAGAGUUAUAUCCACCGAGCCCCUCCCCCAGAGCGAGGCGGUGUGGACGAAGCUGGUCAAGAAGAUAUACCGAGACCCCAAUGGCGUAAAGCGAACAUGGGAGUCGGCCGAACGGACCACCCGGCCGAAGAACUGCGACAUUGAUGGCGUAGGCAUUGUCGCCAUACUCGAGAAGGACACAGGCCCCGAGAUCGUCCUCCAGAAGCAAUACCGGCCGCCAGUAGACAAGAUCUGCAUCGAGCUGCCCGCCGGUCUGGUGGACGAAGGCGAAACGGCCGAGCAAGCGGCGAUUCGAGAGCUCAGGGAAGAGACGGGCUACGUCGCUCAAGUCCUCGAAACAUCACCCGUCAUGUUUAACGACCCCGGUUUCUGCAACACCAAUCUCCGGAUGGUUCACGUCAGUGUCGACAUGAGCCUGCCUGAGAAUCAGAACCUCAAGCCUCAGUUAGAAGAGAACGAGUUCAUCGAGGUGUUUCUCGUCAAGCUGGCUGAUUUGUGGGAGGAGUGUUUCAGGCUAGAAGCGGAGGGCUAUGCCAUCGACGCGCGGAUAGCCAACCUCGCCGAGGGGAUUGAGAUCGCCAAGAAAUUCAAGCUCUGA